AUGAGGAAGCAUUGCAUCAACUGGAUUUGGAUGUUUUUGCUGCUGGAACUGAUUUUGAUCAGAGCCGAACAGCAGGCAGAGGAUCACAGAAUUCAGCGUCGUUUUAUGUGGCAAGAGAUGAAUAACUCGGUGAUGGGUGGCGUGCUGGGAAGGAUGUUCAACGGAGCACGGGCGAUGAAGUCGAUGCUCACGGAUCUCAUGCCGAGCACGGCGGGAUAUGGACAGAAAGUCAACAUGGAUUUACUGCCAACAGAAAUGACGCGAGUAAAGUACAUUAUUCGCAAUCCACAAACUAACAAGCCGAUGAAGAUCAUCAAGAUGAGACCGUCGCCAAAGAAAGUGAUUAAGCUGAGGAGACCCUUACCCAAACCCACUAUUACUGAGUCCUCGGUGAUGAUCUCCCACGGAAUCCAUAAAGAUCAUCGGAUGAGACAGUUGGAAAAGGAGCAAGAACUCAUAGCCGAGGGCAAGGCACCGAUGACCAGCGAUGAGGCCAUAAUGGAUAAGUACUUUAAGAAGCGUCCACGAGGCGGUUCCUCCAACGAGGUCAUCUCUGGCAAGAUUAUGGAGUACCAGAGCUGGAAACCCGUGUACAAGGCGGGUGAAACACCUUCAACUUUCGUGACUUUAAAACCACAACCCCUGACCCAUUUGCACACGGACAUAUCCAGUGGGGAUCAUGAGAUGUUGCCAAAACCCGAGAAGCUUGUGAGCUACGAGUACGAAAGGGAAGAGGAUGACGAGGCGGAGAACGAGGUGGCCAAGCAAAUGGGUCACCGAUACGAGGUCACCGAACAUACAGGCGAAGCUAGCGGCGAGGUGGAAACGGUCGAAACAGUGGCCUCCAUGGAGAGUGGUUUUGUGCCCAGUCAGGGAAUGACGUUCAGGUCUCCACCACCGGUACAGCAUGCUCCGAGGCCCAGACAUCGAACUCCGUCCAGUACCACGAGUACCAGCACAACCACAACAGAGGCACCCAACUAUCCCGCCUCGUUCCUGAAGAAAUACCGCGAACGAGAGGCCACCACCACCCGCAGACCCCGGAAACACCACAACAAGGAGGCCUAUCUGAUCCGCGAGAGCGAGGACAGCUCGGAGGGCAGGACCACACCGCCAUCCUUUGCGAUGAGCAGUUUGAGGGCUCGCCUCCAGGAUCAGCAGCGCCACCAGAAACACCAGCACAAGCAGCAGCUGGAGGAGGAGGAGCUGGAGGCCGCCCUCGUGGAUGCCAUGCAUGGCGAGAAGUGGCCAGCGGAGGUGGCCCACAGCGGCUUCCAGCUGGCCAGUCCCAUUGGACCCAGUGCGGUGGCAUUCGAGCAACCUGUGGCCAAGGCGCCAAGGGGCCAAUACAAGCGCCAGACGCGCGACAAUAUCCGUCAACGUGGAUCAAUCAAGUUUGGCGACAAACCCAACUACGAUGAAGCCUGAGGAGGCGGGCAAAGUCACC